UCCCCGCCGGGGGGGUCCCGAAAGGAGAGAAGGCCCAGCAUGUUCGAGAAGGAGGCCUAUACACAGAUUGUACAAGAAAGGCUGAAAGAAUCAUCUCAUGAUGUUCUGUAUGUAGAGCCUCCAUUUGAUGAUUCCAUUGCUGAGAUAAGUAAAGAAUGGAAGAGCUCUAUGGCAAAAUUUAGGUUUGCUAAUACAUAUAGAAUGGAGCCACUCAGAAAAUUCCAAGCUCAUUCAGUAGAAGCUAAAGUCCAGCAGAUAUUAACGGAAACUCUUAAAGAUGUCAAAUAUGAUGAUAAACUCUUCUCUCACUUGUCGCUUGAAUUAGCAGACGUCAUAUUGUCAGCAGUCAAAGACUUUGGGUACCACCGUUAUAAAUUGAUUAUAAAGGUAUUAUUUAUUCAAAAGACUGGCCAGGCAAUAAAUGUUGCCAGCCGAUGGAUCUGGGAUGUUGCAUGGGACAGCUGGGUUGCAGCUAAACAUGAAACAGAAACUUACGUGGCAUUGGCCUUGGUAUAUGCUCUUUACUGUGAAUAACUUGUCACAUGUCCUGAACAAUGUUUACCUCUCAACUCCUCACAUACAUGAAGUUUAUAGAUUUGUAAACCUCAGUAGUAUUGAUUAGCCAUAUUUUUAUCUCCAAUUGGAGCAUUUAAUUGCAUUAACAACAAACAAGUAAAAGCUGGAUUUUUCUUAACUUCAUACUUGUACUUACCAUAUUUAUUAACACUAUUACCUCAAAAUAUAAAAUAUAGGAACAUAUGAAUGCUUAUAGUAGAUUAUAAUAUGGGAAUAUUAUUCUUCUUAGAUUUAAGAAAAUUAAAAUUGACUAUAGGAAAUUAUGACACAACCUUGUAAAGUAUCAAAUUAAGAAAAUGUUAAGGUAAAUUUUGGAAACCUUCUAAAGGCAGAUGUAUUUUGAAUGGUAUUUUAAUGCACUAUAUGCAUUCUUUUGAAGGGAAUUACCAAGUUUUAAAGAAAAAUGUUGAUAUAUUUCAUACUUCCCUAACGAAUGACUCCUUCUCCAAUCAGAAUGCUUACAAAUGUGUGGUCUUUCUCUUUGUUAGUCAGGAGAGGCAGAGCUAGCCAGGCAUAGGGUAUUUGAGUUGACUGCCUUGUAGCUAUAAUUGUAUGUAAUUGGGUUAGGCUCUUUUUAGAUGCCAGAACCAAAAACCUAAUAUAACUGUGUUUUUAAAAAAUACGUUUUUAUU